GACACGAGCAACCAAACUGGAAGUCAACAAAAUGAGCGACUACAACACGUAAUGCAUCUUAAGACCACAACUUGACGGGUUGCUAAGGCGAUCAACAAUUGCAUUUUCUCUGCUUGGACUUUCGCUUUUCUUUGCUCCUCUCUUCAUUGCCUAAUCCUCCCAAUUUUUCUAUUAUUUUUCCUUGGGACUUUGAUUGUUGAUUUUCACAUUGCUCCCUUUGCUCUGCUUCCCUUGAGAGAGCUCGCUUCAAUGUCUGAGAUUACAUGCGCGAACCCAUUGCUCCUCCAAUGGGUCAAGGAAUGGUGGGAUAAAGCGCGGCAGCAGAAUUCCAAAGGUGUUACGACCUACAAACAUGCCUACGACUCGCUCAAGGCCUGUCCCAUCACCUUCGAGCAUCCCUCAUCGCUGCAGCAGUUGAAAGGAUUCGGGCCGAAACUCUGCGAGCGGCUUACUGAGAAACUGCGCGACUACUGCGAGGAGAAUGGCCUGCCCAUGCCGACACAUCCAAACAGGAAAAAGCGAGCCAAAAUAUCAGCAGCUCUCCGUUUGAACGAGCAAGAGGAUGACGAGCCUCCCCGGCCGGCUAAGAAGCCAAGAAAAGCAAAGGCAUAUGUGCCCGCCUAUCGCACAGGAGCAUAUGCGAUUGUAUUCGCUCUCUCGGCCUUGGGGGAGAACAAUGCCGGCCUGAGCAAAGCUGAGCUGAUAGAGGCGGCUCAGCCGCACUGCGAUGCGUCGUUCACAGCACCGUCGGAUCCCACAAAGUUCUACACGGCCUGGGUAUCGAUGAAGACCCUGGAGCAGAAAGAGCUGGUGUAUACUCGCGGCCGGCCCCUGAAGCGGUACUGUCUGACUGACGAGGGCUGGGAAGUCGCAAAGAGGAUUCGGGAGACUCUUGCUUCUCAGACCGGAGAUGCAAAUCUGCGCACCGUAGCAGCAGCGGGGUCCGCAGCACCCAGCAGGGCAGCUCCAUUGAGAGACGCGCCUGCUCUGCCCGCCGCCGGUUCGGUCAUUGUCCUAGACGAUGAAGAUGACGAACCGGCCCCACGAGAAGCUAGCAAAUCGGAGUUUAAGGACGUCGUGGCAGAUGGCAACGUUGAUGCGGACGAUUCCAAUCUCCCUUCAUUCACUCCCAUCACCUUGACUCCUGGCUCAUUCACGGUCGAGCUACUUCUCGAUAACCGGGAGAUCAGGGCGAAGACGGAUCGAGACUACAUGCAGCAGGAGCUCGCGAAACGUGGAGUCACACCUACGGUGCGUUCUUUGGAGCUGGGUGACGCCCUGUGGGUCGCUAGAUGCAAACGGCCUGGCUGGUUGGCCAGUCAGGGCGCAGAGGGCGACGAGGUGGUUCUCGACUGGAUCGUUGAGCGUAAGAGAUUGGAUGACCUUCUCGGGUCGAUCCGGGACGGCCGCUUCCACGAGCAGAAGUUUCGACUGCGGCGUUCGGGGGUGAAGAACGUCAUUUACCUGGUCGAAGAAAUCAGCAUGGACGCGACAUACUUUCAGAAGUGGGAAGAGUCAGUCCAAUCGGCAAUCGCGUCAAUGCAAGUAGUUAACGGCUACUUUGUGAAGAGGACACAAAAAAUGGAUGACACCAUCGCGUACCUGACGGCCAUGACGAAGAUGCUCAAGACGGUCUAUGAGGGCAAGACAUUGAGCGUGAUCCCGACCAAGGUUCUGACGGCAAAGAAUUAUCUCCCUUUGAUUAAGCAUCUCCGGGAGACCCAGCCAUCGUCAAGUCAUCACAUCAGCUAUCCCGCCUUUGCAUCCCUAGCCUCCAAGUCGGAGCUCAUAACACUGCGAGACCUUUUCCUGAAAUUCCUAAUGUCGACAAAGGGAAUCACGGGCGAGAAGGCCAUCGAGAUACAAAAGCUAUGGAAGACUCCGAACGAGUUUGUCAAGGCUUUUGAGCGAUGUGGCUCCGGCGAGGAGGGGAGAAGACGCAAGAUUGAUCUUGUUUCGUCUCACCUAGGCCACUUGGUUGGAAGAAAUAAAAUAACCAAGGCUGUCAGCCAGAAGCUGGCAGAGGUUUGGGGUGACGCAUAGCGUAUGGAGUACCGGUCCUGGGAUGGGAAAGAUUCUUAAGCUUAGAUUCAUGGCGCCAGCCCACGAACAGCCUUUAUUACCCACCAUCAGUUGAACAUCUUUUCUGGACACUAAGCCGAUCUCUUCGCGACAGCCGUUUCCACCAUCUUCUGAAGCAAGGGAAUAGCCCCUCCACUCUCCGCCCCCAAUCCCGCCAAG